AUGGUCCAUAGAGAUUUGACAUAUAAUACACCCAGCGAAGCUAACCUUACGGAAGAAGGUGUGGAAAACCCUUUUGUUUCACCUAAUGAUGACGAAAGUUCGUUUGAUCUGAGUCCUGCAUCAUCUUCAAGCCAGCUGAAUGAUUUUAACCAACUGAGUAACCAGUUGAACGAUCCUAAUUAUGGAGGAACGUUUGAUAGUUAUAACGGCUAUUACACACAGAACGGUACGACGUCGAACUUGCUUUCAAAAGAAGCAUCUCCUAACAUCGGCAAUACUGGAAAUUCAUCUUUUCAGCCUUCUCUGAUACCUCCGGAAUAUGACAGAUAUCCAUCUAUGGUAGGUUCAAGAGUGGUAUCAUCAACAUCUCUUUCGUCGCACAUGUACAAUAGCACCAACAACCUUCAGCAAGAUGACCAGAAUUUGCGUAAAUCGGAAGACGAUUCUUCGAUAUCUAAUAAAUCCACUAACCCAUUUUUGCUUGGAACUGACUUCAGUCCGUUUGGAGGUUACCCUGCAUCGUCAUUUCCUUUACAUAUAGAUGAGAAGGAACCAGAUGAUUAUUUGCAUAACCCAGAUCCUAUAG